AUGCUCUUUCAAGGCCUCAGGGAAACGAUCCCGCCGACGGUAGAGACCACUGCUGCUGGAAGCGUUGCCAAUCUCCACGCACGCAGUUUGUUUCUCUGGGACCGUAUUGCUGGCGUCAAAUUCCUUGUCGGCUCUGGUGCCGAGGUUAGUGUGGUUCCAUCAACUCCGGCCGAACGCAAAAGCGGUAGCUCUUUUUUUCUAACAACUGCCAACAACUCCAGCAUCUCAACCUUUGGACAGCGCUCCAGCACACUUGAUUUGGGCCUUCGUUGCAUUUUCCGAUGGGUUUCUAUGAUUGCCGAAGUUUCCGUCGCCGUCAUAUGUGCCGAUUUCCUAGCUCACUUCAGUCAACUAGUAGAUUUGAGGAAUCGCCGACUCGUCGACUGCAUCACCAACCUUCAUGCCCGUUGUCAAUCCGAUCUCAUCCCCUGCGUCAACCCUCUCACUGUUCUACCCAUCUUUGACUGUCCUUUCCACGCACUCAUCAGGCAGUUCCCCCCGCCUGACCAACCCCUCAGUUCGUGAAGUGGACAUCAAACACACAGUCACCCACAUUUCCACCACUCGACAUCUCAAAUCCCGCCGACCACGUUUUGUUGCUACGGACCUUUUGAAGAUUGCCAAGGCAAAGUUCGAACACAUGCUUGAACUCGGCAUCAUCCGACAGUCCGACUGUUGCUAGGCAUCACCCCUCCAUCUUGUCCCAAAGAAUAGUAUCGACUGGCGACCGUGUGGUGACUAUCGGGCGUUGAACUCAGUGACUGUCCCCGACCAGUAUCCCGUCCCGCGCAUCCAAGACUUCAUUCCUUCUCUGGAUGGUAAGCAGAUAUUCUCCAAGAUUGACCUUGUUCGUGCUUAGCACCAAAGCCCCAUCGAGGCCAGUGAUGUGCCGAAAACUGCCGUGACCACUCCCUUUGGGUUAAUCGAAUUCACUCGUAUGCCCUUUGGACUGACGAAUGCCACUCAAACCUUUCAGUGAUUCAUUGAUCAGGUUCUGCGAGGUCUCGACUUCGUCUACGCCUACAUUGAUGAUUUGCUGGUGGCUAGUUCUGAUGCUGCUGAACCCGAGGUUCAUCAUCGACAACUCUCCGGACGACUUGACUCCUUCUGCGCUGUAAUCAAUGCUGCAGGAUGUGACUUUGGAGUUCCCAGCCUAAUCUUCUGGGUCAUGAAGUGA